AAUGCUAGCUAGUUGUUUUAUGCUGUAACUCUUUUUUUCCUCUAACAUAUAUAUUACUUGCUCUACUUGCCAGUCAGUCUCUAGUCCUAAAUAUCAUAAACAAACUUCACAUAUCUAACAAAAAAAAAAGUAAAAAAGCCCACACAACAAAGCAAGCAAACAAACUCAAAGCAAGCUUCUGCACAUUCCUUUCCUUCCCAAUGGCCUCUGGAAGCUUUUCGUUUGCAACUUCGGAUGUUCAAACAAGUAGUAGCGGAGUUAGGAGCGGUCCAACGUUGCUAUGCACGCCGUUAAUCGGGACAACGGUGGACCAAAUGCUGAUAGAUAUGAGGAAGGCGAAGGAAAUCGGUGCAGACAUGGUAGAGAUCAGAUUGGACUGUCUCAGGGAAUUCAAUCCACGCCCUGAUCUUCAAAUUCUUAUCAAACAGUCUCCUUUACCCACUCUUGUCACUUACAGGCCGAUAUGGGAAAGUGGUCAAUACGAAGGUGAUGAGAACAAGCGACAGGAUGCCCUUCGGCUAGCCAUGGAAUUGGGAGCUGAUUAUAUUGAUGUCGAGCUUCAGGUUGCUCAAGAGUUCAACAAUUCAAUUUCUGCGAAAAAGCCAGAAAAGUUCAAAGUCAUCGUUUCAUCUCAGAACUUCCAUAGCACACCAUCAGCUGAGGCCAUUGGCAAUCUUGUGGCAAGAAUUCAAGCUACUGGAGCUGAUAUAGUGAAGAUUGUGACAACUGCCCUAGACAUCACAGAUGUGGCACGCAUUUUUCAAAUCACCGUGCAUUCUCAAAUUCCAAUGAUAGGAAUUGCCAUGGGUGAGAGGGGUUUAAUUUCACGGCUACUAAGCCCUAAAUUUAAUGGGUAUUUGACUUAUGCUGCACUUGAGGCUGGUGCGAUAUCAGCUCCUGGGCAACCAACUGUCAAAGAUUUGUUGGACUUAUACAAUUUCAGACUUAUAAGACCAGAUACCAAAGUUUAUGGCAUCAUUGGGAAGCCCGUUGGUCACAGCAAGAGUCCUCUGUUAUUCAAUGAAUCAUUUAAGAAAGUUGGUUUGAAUUCAGUUUAUGUGCAUUUGUUGGUCGAUGAUGUCAAGAAGUUCUUCAACACCUAUUCAUCAGUUGAUUUUGCCGGAUUCAGUUGUACGAUUCCUCACAAGGAAGUUGCCCUUGAAUGCAUGGAUGAGAUCGACCAAAUUGCCAAGAAAAUAGGAGCUAUUAAUAACAUUGUUAGAAGACCAGAUGGGACUUUGAAAUCUUACAACACAGACUAUAUUGGUGCAAUUUCUGCAAUCGAAGAUGGACUACGAGAGUCGAAUGGUUCAAGCCCUGCAACCAGUUCACCCUUAGCUGGUAAAUUGUUUGUUGUCUUGGGAGCUGGAGGUGCUGGAAAGUCACUUGCCUAUGGUGCACAACAAAAAGGAGCAAGAGUCGUAGUUGCAAAUCGCACAUUUGAACGAGCUAAGGAAUUAGCUGAAAAAGUUGGGGGAAAAGCUCUGACUCUUGAAGAAGUAAAUGACUUCCAUCCAGAAGAAGGAAUGAUUCUUGCAAAUACCACAUCUGUGGGGAUGAAACCUAAUAUUGAUUUGACACCCAUCUCUAAGGAAGCUCUUAAACAUUAUGACCUAGUUUUCGAUGCCAUUUACACGCCAAAAGAUACCAGGCUCUUGCGAGAAGCAAGAGAGUGUGGAAAGAUAAUUGUUUAUGGAACAGAAAUGUUGAUCCGCCAAGGCUUUGAGCAAUAUAAAAACUUCACCGGUUUGCAAGCACCGGAAGAACUGUUUAGGGAACUCAUGUCAAGACACGCAUAGGAGAGAAGAUUUGCAUGCAACAGAGGGUAUAAUCCAAUGGUGGAGCUCAAUCUAAUUUUUUUCAUUAUGACCAACUCAUUUCAAAUUCCGAUUUUUGUGACUAGUGGUUGAGUUUUAUCUUUGUAUGAAUAAAAUGUUUAUUUCUAUUAAUGCAAGGACAAAAUUAUUAUUGCAUCUUGAAAA